AUGAAACCGGUCCAGUUGCCGGACGCCACGUCAGGUACUAUUUUCGAGGUGCCCGAUGUUGUCGGGCAGCGGCGGUUCAGACAGCUGCUGAGUGUCGACGAUGGGGGAGGUGGGGAGAACGGGGAUAGCGGAGAAGGCGGGAACGGCGGGGAGGGCGGGAAAGGCGGGGGGGGUGGGGAAGGCGCAGCCUUGGAAGGAACAGGGCUUCGGGAUUUGCAGGAGGAGCAGCGGCGAAAGCAGCAGAAGCAGGAGCAAGGGGGGUCCGGUUCUAUGCUUGAAAUGGUGGUAACAGUCGAACCAUCGCCAACAGACGUUCUUACUAAUAGUACCGGGUCCGUUACAAGCGAGAACAAACUCUUCGUGGAUUCCCCCAAGGUACAGCGCGAGUUGCGCGCAGUGGAGGAGCGCAGCGGCAUUCCCUGGGCCUCCCUGCCCGCCGCUUGGUGGGGCGACGCCGCGCCAUGGCCGAAACUACCGGGAAGCUACCUCUGGGACGACCGUGGCAGCAGCGAGAACGAUAGUAUCGAAAGUGACAAUAACGAGAGCGGGAGCGACAGUGCCUCGGGGGCGCUCCCCGGUCCCCGUUCCCCGCGCCGCCGCCGCUUCCUGUUCUUCUCCCUGCGCAACGAGGCGUGCGCGGGCGUGGCGCACACGCGCACCAGCCUCGCCUGCCAGCUGUCCGUCGCGCGCGCGCUCCGCCGCACGCUGCUGGUGGACGCGUCCAAGUGCACCGCGCCCGAGCACGAGCGCGCCGCGGGCACGCGGCGGCACGUGCAGCCUUUGUUCGCGUACUUUGACCUGGCGCGCGUGAGCCUUGCGCCCGUGCUUCCGCUGCAGCGGUUCGCGCAGGAGAGCGCGCGGUGGGGGGAGCGGAACCGGGGAGGGGCGGGGGAUGAGCAAGGAGAACGGAUUGAGAAUGGGGAGAAUCGGGAGGAUGGGGAGUGGGCGCAACAGGGGGAGCGAGGACGGCAGGUGAAGGGUCAGGCGGAACGGUUAACUGCUGCAAUAGCUCCGGAAUCGGCAAGCCUGGAGGACCUGCUUCGGCUAUCCGAGCCUGACCUGCUGGUUCGGCAGGCAGCCACGGGAUUUGUGGACUGCGAAGAUCCCAGGAACGGCGGCCUGGUGUCUUCUGAUUGGUCGGCCAUAGAGUACCGGCAGGAGCUGUGGGCGGUAGUGUGGCAGAUUAUAGCGACCUCUUCCUUCCUGCCUCAUCCCCCUAUUCUCUUUGCCCUCCCCUUCCUCUCCCUCCCUCAGCCUACUAGAGAAGCUCCCCCACCUCAUUCCCCCUCGGGAGACCGCCUGGCACAGAAGCUCCCCCGCCUCAUCCCCCCCGGGCAGUCGGUGUACAUCGCGAGUGACGAGGCCCCCUCCUUGUUUGACCAUCUCGCGUAUACCCUUAUGCACCGCUCUGCCUUGUUCCCUCCACUUGCUCCCCCUUCGCUUGCCCUCCCUCAGCCUGGCAAGAAGCUCCCCCGACUCAUCCCCCCGGGCAGUCGCCUAGCACAGAAGCUCCCCCAACUCAUCCCCCCCGGGAGGUCGGUGUUUAUUGCGAGUGACGAGGCCCCCUCCUUCUUUGAUCCGCUGCGCGCGAGUCCAGGCGGGCAAAGGAACGAAGUGGGCGGAGGAAGGGAAAGAGGGCAAGGGGAGCACCAGAGCGGUGGGGGCCAAGCGGUGCAAGUGGGAGACGAGGGGCAAGGGGGGGACGGGGGGCAAGGGGGACAAGAGGGCGGAGGAAAGGGAGGGGGUGGAGGGGGCGGAAGGGGGCUGUACCGAGUGCACAUGCUGGGGGAUUAUGCGCACCUGUGGGGGGAAGGCAGCGACUGGUGGAGGGCGCAACUGGCCCUCAUGAAGGGGCAGGGGGAGGUGGCAUUUGAUUCGUACAUGGAGGGGCAGGGGGAGGUGGCAUCUGAUUUUUCCAUGGAGCAUUUCACGUGCGACAGCUCCUCUACGCUAGCUAUGACGGCCACUCGUUUGCUCUGGGCGCUUCUGGCGAUUCUCGCCCUCUCAUGCCACUCUGACGCCAGAAUGCUCCAAGCAGUCCCCGCCAUUCCCGCCGACCCCGCCAUCCCCCCCGACCCCGCCAACCCCGCCGACCCCGCAAACCCCGACGUCACUACCAAUCCCGUCAUUAUCACCGAUCCCGUCCCCGACUUCGAGCAACAAACCUUGGAACCUACCGACAGUCCCGGAACUCCCGCUCCCUCCGGAAACCUCGCCGGCACCGCCGCCGCGCCGAACCCGAAAGCGAGAGGUCCCGCCGGCCACAAGGUCACUGCCGCCAACCCCAAGGGCAAGGUGAAUGCACCCAACCCCAAGGGGAAGGCCCCCGAGGGUAAGGCUGCUCCCGGCGGAAAGCAGGCUCCGGGCGGAAAGCAGGCGCCGGGCGGAAAGCAGGCCCCGGGUGGAAAGCAGGCACCGGGCGGAAAGCAGGCGCCAGGCGGAAAGCAGGCGCCAGGCGGAAAGCAGGCGGCAGGAGGAAAGCAGCAGGGCGCAGGCGGCGCAGGCGCAAUCCGCGGACCAAAGGCGCAUCCCGCCCCCAGCCCCGCCGCUGGUCCCGCGGUCGCCCCCAGCCCCAGCUCGGCGGAAAACAAGAAGAAGCCGCUGGGGAAGCAGGUGGGGAAGGUGGGGACCGUUCUCCGCGGAUCGUCAGUCAUCACCGCAGCCGGCGGCGACGAGAACGCAACGGGCAACGCGAUCCUGACCGUCUAUAAGAGCGGCGCGAAGAUGAACGUCAGGUAUAUCCUGUCCGUGCGGCGCGUGUCUGCGGCCCAGCUGCCGAUGGGUGCGACGAUUAACAGCGGCGGAAGCAACGCGACUGGGCCGGUGGUGGUCGAUUUCGCCGGAGCUGAUUGGGUGAACACGACGGGCGUUGUUCGCACGCAGGCUGGUGACGUCGUUCUCGCGUCGUCCGUCGCAGAGAACUCGACGGAGGCGGCUGUCGCCGAGGCCGCGGACGUCCAUCUCAGCUAUGCGACGACUGGAGUGUGGGAAGACGUCGCCAACAUUCGCACGGCCUCUGGCGAGGCCCUUUCCACCGUGAUCGAUAAAAUUCUGGCUGACCCGGGCAGCUUUUACCUGGUUGUCGCAACCCCGAAUUUCAGCGAGGGGGCUGUGCGCGGGCAGCUGCGCAAGGGCACCGGCGCAACUGUGCUUCCGCCAGGCCAUCAGCGCCAGUGGGAGCAACGGGGGAAGAAGAAGGCAGGUAAGGGGGAGAAGGGAAAACCUCCCCGCAACUAG